UAGCCAAUCAGCGACGUGCUAGGGCUCAGAAGAAGCUGUUGUCUUCCUGCUGCUCAGUUGUUCGAGUGAGAGAAGAAUGGAUAAAAAGAUGGAGACGGACGAUCUGGAGACGCGUCUUCACACGCUGGAGACUCGAGUCUAUGGCGAGAGGAGAGUCAAGAGUUCGAAACCCGCCAAGUGUGCGGAGUCUCUGGCCCGGAUCCAGGCAGGUCUGACGAACACAGCCAACAAAAGAGAGAGAGUGAAGAUCCUGCACAAGAAGAUUGAGGACCUCAUGAAGUACCUGGACCCCCAGUUCACGGACCACAUCACCGUACCGGACGCUAUGAAGCUGGAAUUUAUCCUCGCUGAGGAGGACUUCCUGCUCUCCCAGGCUGCUUUGCUGGAGCAGGUCAGCAGCCUCCAGCCGCUGCUGGACAGCACCUACAUCAGAGAUGUACCAGAGCACGCUACCAAGUUACAGCGUCUAUCCCAGAUUCACAUUAAAGAACAGGACCAAACUGAAGUUCAGUCGCUGGAAGUAAAGAAGCUUUUUGAGGACUACAACAAAAUGAUGUUCCUGCUGUCCAAGCAGUUCACCCAAUGGGACGAGAGCCUGAGGAAGAUGGAGGAGGCCAAGGGCAUCCGGCCUGUGGAGGAGUAACACACUCUUCUGAUGAGGACGGUGACCGUGAAGAAGACGGCUCUGUGCUCGGAGCUUUAGACCAGAAGUGUUUCAUUUGUUGCUUUUUCCCCUAAAUAAGUCAGAAAAAACGAGACACUGGACAUGUUUCAACUAAAACAUCUGGGUGUAAAUGUAAAACAUAGAAGAACUUGGUGUCAUGUGAGUCUUCAGCCACCUGAAGAAUCUCGCUCCCAUCACGUGACAUGUGGCUCAGACAGCUCGGAGAGGCCCCUGUUUAUUUAUUCUAAGACAAUAGGUUUUUUUAAUGCUUGUAUUUUGACUUCAGUUUGAAUGCAUUCCAACAUUUCCCCUCUGCUGCAAGUCAAUCACAACACUUUAACCCACAAAACCAUAAAGGAGCUUUGCUAUUUGUACCAGAGCAUUGAUUUGAAAUACAGAAACUGUAACAUACGUGUAACAUGUCAAAUAGAAUGACUGCAGUUGAUGCAUGAAUAUUAUUACAUAUUUAUUGGAGUAUUCCAGUGUGUGAUUUUAUUCAUUUUUGUCAUAACCUGUUUGACAAUGCAGAUAAAUUCAUUAAACUUUGCCUGGUGGCUUCAUGUGGUUGUUUA